UUUUUUUUUAUAUUUAUUUAAAAAAAAAUUUUUUUUUGUGACUAAGUCCCCAGGGGGAAAAUCAGUUCUUUUUUUUCCCCCUCACAAACGGACGCUGCUCUAGACAGGAACAUGGCCAAAAUUUCCUUGGAGGAGUCGAGAGAAGACUUGAGCAAAAUAUCUGAGGAGGAAUUGAUGAGAUGGAGCAAGGAAGAGCUGGUGAAAAGGCUGCGGAAAGUAGAGAAUGAGAAAAUGAACCUGAUGGUGGAGCAUGGCAACUUAAUGAAGGAUGUGAACCGGAGGCUGCAGGUUCACCUGCACGAGAUCAGGGGGCUGAAAGAGGUCAACCAGAAACUGCAGGAUGACAACCACGAACUGAGAGAGCUCUGCUGCUUCUUGGAUGAUGAUCGGCAGAAGGGCAAGAAGCUGUCCAGGGAAUGGCAGAGGUUUGGGCGGCACACGGCCAGCGUGAUGUGGAAGGAAGUUGGGGUGUAUCAGCAGAAGCUGAAGGAGCUGGAGGCAAAGCAGGAGUCCCUCAUGAGGGAGAAUGUGGAGCUGAAGGAGAUAGUCCUCAUGUUAGAUGAAGAGAGAAAUGGAGCUGGCUCCAGGAGCUCCAUAGACAGCCAGGCCAGUUUGACCAAUUUGAACGGGGGCUCUGGCACCAGGGAUGUGGGGGAUGGCAGUAGCACCUCGAGCACUGGCAGUGCAGGGAGCCCAGAUCACCACCACCAUCACCUCAACCAUCACAAACCCGUUGACAAUAAGGCUGGAGCCAUAAGGAGAUCUAUGGACGAUUUGUCUGCACCUCUUCACCACAGGAGUAUCCCCAAUGGCCUCAAUGAUUCAUCUUCCAACUAUAUCAGGCAACUUGAAACAAAAGUCAAACUGCUGGAGGAUGACAAUAAACUCCUUUCUCAGCUGGCUGACCGCAACUGCUUGCCAAGAAAUUUCAUUAAGCAGUCUAGCACUGGGGAUUUGAGGACUCUAAGAAAAGGGUUAUCCCCGUACCACUCUGAAUCACAGCUGUCGUCAUUGCCGCAGUAUCAAGAUGCCAUGCAAAAUGGCCCAACUCGUAUCACUCCCGAUCUUGCUUCCUCUCCUUCAGCAGGAUAUGUCCCUGUGGGUCAGAAACCUGAGGCUGUUGUGCAUGCUAUGAAGGUCCUUGAAGUCCAUGAAAAUUUGGACAGGCAAAUGCAAGAUAACUAUGAAGAAGACCUGAGUGAAAAGGAGAAAGCAAUUGUUCGUGAAAUGUGCAAUGUUGUCUGGCGAAAGCUGGGUGAUGCAGCCAGCUCCAAACCAUCCAUCCGGCAGCACCUUUCUGGAAACCAAUUCAAGGGUCCAUUGUAGGAACAUUGAAUUGAAUACUGGGAACCACACUGUAAAGAACGAGAGAGUUAAUUGUUUCUAGCUGCCAGUUUUUGGGGGUGUUUUUUUUGGUAACUGUUUAUAUUGUAAAUAUGGCAGCUAAUGGCCUAGUCUGCAGGCUUGGGUGCUCUGGAACCUACGUUAAAUGGGUCAACCAGACUUGUGUCAUUUGUAUUGUAGUGCGAAUCUGCUUCGUUGUACGGUCUGUAUGUAGAAUUACGUAACACGAGAGAAUUUGUAGGAGGAAAAAAUGAAACCUUAACCUGUGGCGAUGUUACGAUUUGUAUCGCUUGUGUCCACCUGUUGUUAAUUGAUACCUAGGCUGGCAGCUUUCAGCGUGGUUUUGGAACCUCCCGAGGAAACAGCAGUCUGAAUCCGCUGGCUUGUUGGCUAGCCGGUUCUUGAGCUACUAACGCUGCUUCACGAUCCUUACUUUUGGCGGGGGGGGGACAUGCAACUGUUCUCAGGAGAUGCUGUAUGAAAUACUUUUGUGGAGCAAGAAAACAGUGAGAAAGCACCUCGUAUGUUGAACUCUGUUGACCACGACAAGUAAGUAGUGGACAUGCAGAAUAACCCGAGGAGGCUCCAUUUCAGCUGCCUAGUGAACUGCUCUUUGUGGAAUAUAUGACACUUAAGAUUUCUGCAGUCAUAAUGUGAAUAACUUUCAGUCCUUUAGCCACACACACCAGUAUUCAGUAUAAAAACAGUAACACUGUUCCUGUAAAGCUUUUGCUGUAAAACACUUUAACGGAGAAGAGUUUCCUCAGCAACGUUUAUGGCGCACAGUAUCUGUGAAGGAAGUUCAUCCCUUGGAGCCCGGUGUUUCAAUAAGUAGCUUGCUGAAAAGAGUGUUUUAACGGGCUUGUUGAAGUCCCCAACUAAAUUGGUUACUUUUCAAUGUAACCAAAGCAACAAUCUUUCAAAGCUGAAUAAAAACUACGUAAACACAGGCUGUCAGAUAAGACUGCUGCUGCCAUUUAAGCUUUAUUUUUGUUAAUGAACCAAAAUGCGUGGGUUUUUCUCUUUCGAGCUGCUGUAUAUAACACAAUAUAUUUCAUCCUUUUUUAUUGUGGAGUAGCUGCUUGCAUAGCCAUAGUAAGUCUUCCCCGCCCUCCCCCACCUUCCCUUUCUCUUUCAUUUUGUCACCCCAUCUGGUCCUGUAUUUCUUUGACUGUUCCUUCCCUUUCCCCCCAGAUUGUUCACAGGAAACUGGGCUUGGUUAUUAACCCACCACUGUAAUAUAAGUUUAAAGGGAGGUGCAUGUAAGCUUAAUGCCACCUCUUCAAAAAUUUCAUUGGUUUUGGUGAUUGGUUUGAAGCUUUCAUAACUUCCAGUUUUGUCACUUUCCCUCUAGAAGAAUCGGUCACAAUUGCCUAAAACGCAGUUGAAUUAGCUGGAAAGGUUAUUGCUGGUAGAGGCAUCUGUUUGUAUUAGCUGUGAGUUCUGGACUAGGGUUUGCCUCUUACUAUGAAGCACCUAUGCAAAAGCAGGGAGGGAGCCAGUUCUGCAGAUUGUCAAAUAGGUGUCUAUCCCAUUGUCUCUAAUGAGACCACUCACUUGAGUAAGGACUUUGCAGGAUUGGGUUCUCGACUGGUAAACAAGAAGGAAGAUGGACAAAAUAAACAUUAACUGGUUAAUGUAAAAAACCCUUGUUUACUCAGGACAGAAGUCUAACUGGGGACAAGAAAUGAAGAACGAGAGAGAAGUGAUUGACAAGACAAAACAAAACAAAACAAAACAAAACAAAACAACCAGCUGAUUCUCGAUUCAAGGUAGUUCACUUCUUGCUAAAGCCUGUCAGGUGCUAUUGUGUUGACCAGUGUAACUCUAUAGUAGCUUUAGGCAUUCAGUGUAGCCUAGAAAAAAAUAUCUUCAAAGACGGCAUUCUGCUUACUUUUAAAUAUUUGACAUCUUUAAAGGAUUCCAGAUUUCCUCCUCUUUGACUUAUUUUGCCCCAUUUUCAUCACGUGCCUGUCUAUACUAUCCAUUUGUGACUUUUCUUCAUUGUCCUGAAUUUUUCUAAUAUGAAGGGGUGAUGCAGAAACAUGGCUUGCUCCUUACAGAAUGAGAGAGCAAGGAAAGGUUUAAUUUUUCCUGUGCGCCAUCAAAUGUAUAUAGGACUGCUUUAGUCCAUCUAGUUGAAUAACCACUUUAAUUAUAGCAGUAUCCAGCCCAGAAGAUUAGGCAGUUUUCAAGGCUUUUGGGGCAGGAUUGACUGACUUUAGUGAACUGCAGCUAAAGCAGGGCAGACGUUGGCAAUAGACUUUGUAGAUUUAAUUGUACUGAUGAAGUGUUUGCUGUUUUAGGAGUAUAUUAGAUUAGCACAUAGGCAUUUAGUGAUUCCCUCUCAACAAAACUAUGAGCUACACUAGCCAGUUUACUAGUUUCACUAGCUAUGAAAUAUUCACCCACAUUUUCCUUUAAUCAGAUUUUUCUCUUUCAAAAUCCUUUUGGUAGCUUCAAGAUUUUCUGGUUCUACUUGCAGAUUUCAAACUCAAAAUACAGGGGAAGCAGCACUAUAUUUGAGGCCUGUUUGUGCUGUAAAUCUUUGGAGAGCUGCCUUCCAAGGCAGUCAAUGUUUUACUCAAACCACUGAAUGCUCCUUUAUACUAUUAUGGUAAGAGUAUAUUUUGUAGAGCCUCCACUCCUCCAAAAAAAAUUUCCUGCCCAGGCAUAUGCAUCAAAGGUCUGGGAGGCCCUCAUGCAUACACCAUGAUCCAGGAGGAUCAGAAGUUGCCACCAUGUUUUGUAGAAUUCUGUUUGAUGGCAUAUGCCCCAAAUAUACAACGUGCGUUGUGGAUUUUACAAACAUCCAUGAAAUCUAGUGCUGUAUGUUUUCUUUCCUUUUUUAAAGCUUGCUACUCAUCAUAUUAGCUCUGUUUGAGCUAAAAGCGUCUUCCGGGGGGGAGGGGGAAAUAACACUCAAUGACUUUACAGGAUGACUUGGGUGCUAAAUUUUCAGUUGUCUAAAAGUGUUUUAUAUACGCAUUCAAUUCACUUAACUAUGCUCCAAGUCUGCAGUGAAACUACCUGAGAAGCUUUGUAUAAUAAGUUGGAGGGAAAGCUCCCUUGAAAGUGGCCAUUAAAUUGAUACACUUGGGGCUACUAGCCCAGUCUCCUUACUCAGUCUUGAGGUCCAAAAUCCUGAAGCUCUGCGACAAGCAAAGUUUCCAGAGACUUCAAAUGGAGUUUUGCCUGCCUUAGGAAGGUGGAAUCAGGACUGUUAAGUUCUUUGAGAGACUGAAGCAAAUAGCAUUUCCAUGCCAAUUUUUGCAAUGCUGUGGUGCAACCCAUGUCAGGUGGCUCUUUGCACCUUUAGUAAGACUGCUGAGCACAACCUUGUUUAAGAAUGGCACAUUUGUAUCCAAAUAUUAUUAGAUAUAAAUCAGUGUUAAAGUGACCUUUUAUCUUUUUAGAUACAGGGGGGGAAAAAGUACUACUGAUCUUUUUCAAACAAAGUGCAUGACUGUAAAGUGAUAAAAUUGUAUAUUUUUCAUAAUGUGGGGAAAGUCUAUUUGUGCUGCUUUUGAAAUCAGUUUGAAGUUAUGAUUUCUGUUAAACCUGUGAUCUUUACAGCCCUGAUAUAUUUUCUGUAUAUGAUUUACAAAAAGAGAGAACUGGAGAAAAUUAGCACCUGCUGUUGUGUACAUAGCAAAAAUCUUUAGACUUUAGCACGCAUUUAUACCUUUUAUUGAACCACUUUGGCUUUUUUGGGGGAGGAAAAAAAAACAGUACAGAUUUUUUUGAUAAUGUGUGUAAAACAUUCAUUUGAAAUAUUUUAGUAAAAAUGAAGUAAGAGAUUGUGAUAGUGUAUACUUUCAGUUGAAUAAAAUAAAGUACAUUCUUUGUAAAA